UGGGGUCGAAGCGUUAUCGCAUAAGGCUGAGAUGCUUAAUAUAUCUGCGUCCCCGUCUCUACCUCGAGGAUGUUCUCAUACUAACUGUCUCUCGAUUUUCCCGGCUACACUUACUCGAAGCUUGACCACUUCAAGAUGAGUGAGCUUCCAAUCUCGCCGUCAGUCGCGGUCGCCGCGGCGGCACUGCUGUUUUGUCUUUACAAGCUGUUGCAAGUCGGCAGCAGGCCGAAGGGCAUGCCUCCUGGUCCUCCCACGGUACCGAUCCUUGGAAACCUGCACCAAAUGCCCGAUAAAGAUGUGCACGUCCAAUUCAAGAAAUGGGCGGAAGAAUAUGGCGACAUGUAUUCAGUCAUGCUGGGAAACCAACGCAUGGUGGUCAUUAACUCCCCUAAAAUCGUGAAAGAUCUGAUUGACUUGCGCUCCAACAACUACUCGUCCCGUCCCGAGAUGUAUGUUGGCCAGACGCUAAUUUCCGGCGGCUAUCGUCUGGUCCUGAUGCAGUAUGAUGAGGGCUGGCGGAAAGCGCGCAAGAUGAUCCAUAAUCUGCUCAAUAUCAAAACUGCCGUCAACUACAUCCCGUUCCAGGAGCUGGAAUUGAGACAGAUGUUAGCGGAUAUGGUAAAGAGACCCAACAAGUACCACGACCACGUCCGGAGAUAUAGCACAAGUCUAGUCACCAGCAUCGCUUUCGGAUGGCGGAGUUUGGCCUUCAACGACCCCGAGGUCAAGCAGAUAUACGAGGGUUUCGAACAAUUCGCCGUCGCUUCUCAGGUGUCUGCGUCGAUGCUGGACUACUUCCCCAUUCUUCGUCUCCUCCCCGAUUUUAUCAACCCGAGCAAGAAACGGGGAAAGGAGCUACACAAGGAGGAAAUCGCUUUGUAUAAAUCAUACAUGCUGAAAGUUAAAGAGAGAAUGGAAAAGGGCAUUAUCACUGGAGCUUUCUGUGAGGACAUGUUUAAGAGACAGGAGAAGGAUGGCUUUACGGACGACUGGGCAAGCUAUGUCAGUGGAACUCUGCUUGAAGCCGGCUCAGAUACCACGGCGUCUAUCUUCCUCUCGUUCGCUGUCGCAAUGAUCAAUUUCCCCGAAGUGCAGAAGAAAGCCCAAGCGGAGAUUGACCGAGUGAUUGGCCCUAACCGUCUCCCUACGAUGGCAGACGAAUCAGACCUCCAGUACAUUCGCGGUGUCGUUAAGGAAUCUCUCCGUUUCCUGCCUUCGAGUAUCCUCGGAAUCGUCCCGCAUGCUACGACUAACGACGACGAAUACAACGGAUACAAACUCCCCGCUAAGACUGGCGUCAUGGUCAAUGUUUGGGCUUUGAACAAUGACCCAGUGAGAUAUCCGAACCCUCGUAACUUUGACCCGGACCGCUACAAGAAUGACUUCCUCCGUGCUCAAGAAAGCGCUACGCUCUCCGAUCCUUAUAAGCGCGACCAUUUCACGUUCGGAGCCGGUCGUCGUGUCUGCCCUGGUCUGAACAUCGCUGAACGCUCCCUGUUCCUCGGAAUCGCCUACAUGCUCUGGGCCUUCAGCUUCGAGCACGCGUUGGACGAGAACGGCAAGCCCAUCCCGGUGUCCACCGAGGCAGUCACACAAGGAAUUGUCUGCCGUCCUGUCCCCUUCCAGUAUAAGAUGGUAGAACGGGAUCCAGCGAAAUCGAAGAUGGUAUUGAAAGCUUGGGAUAAUGCCAAGGAACUUUUGAACCGGUAUCCAGAGGGUAUCAAGAGUAUUCAGUACCAGAAGGAUUGGGCGGAGUUUACGAAGAAUGAGGUGUUUUAAAUUUCUCUUUUUUGCACAUGGUGGGUUGUAUGAGUGUUUCGAGUGAAUUCUAUGCAUUGCAUGUGGAAGGUGUACAUAUUGAAACAAAAAGCUACAGUAUGAAUGAAUAUGUUUAACAAUUUGAC